AUGCUGACUUUAAAUAGUAAAAUUCUGAGGUGUCCCUUUUCUCUCUCUCUCUUCCCAUGCCCGUUUCUUUCUCUCUCUCUCUCUCUUCCCAUGCCCGUUUUCUCUCUCUCUCUCUUCCCAUACCCCUCUCUCUCUCUCUCUUCCCAUGCCCGUUUUCUCUCUCUCUCUCUCUUCCCAUGCCCGUUUCUCUCUCUCUCUCUCUCUCUUCCCAUGCCCGUUUCUCUCUCUCUCUCUCUUCCCAUGCCCGUUUCUCUCUCUCUCUCUCUUCCCAUGCCCGUUUCUCUCUCUCUCUCUUCCCAUGCCCAUUUCUCUCUCUCUCUCUCUUCCCAUGCCCGUUUCUCUCUCUCUCUCUUCCCAUCUCUCUCUCCUCUCUUCCCAUUUCUCUCUCUCUCUCUUCCCAUGCCCGUUUUCUCUCUCUCUCUCUUCCCAUGCCCGUUUCUCUCUCUCUCUCUCUUCCCAUGCCCGUUUCUCUCUCUCUCUCUCUUCCCAUGCCGUUUCUCUCUCUCUCUCUCUUCCCAUGCCCGUUUCUCUCUCUCUCUCUCUGCCCAUUCUCUCUCUCUCUCUUCCCAUGCCUUUCUCUCUCUCUCUCUUCCCAUGCCCGUUUCUCUCUCUCUCUCUUCCCAUGCCCAUUCUCUCUCUCUCUCUCUUCCCAUGCCCGUUUCUCUCUCUCUCUUCCCAUGCCCUCUCUCUCUCUCUUCCCAUGCCUCUCUCUCUCUCAUCCCAUGCCCGUUUUCUCUCUCUCUCUUCCCAUGCCCGUUUUCUCUCUCUCUCUCUCUCUCACUUCCCGAUGCCCUUUCCUCCCUCUCUCUUUCUCUCUUCCCAUGCCCUUUUCUCCUCCAACUCAGCACUGUUAGUAUUUUCCAUUUCACUCCUAUAGAUGUUGACUUUAAAUCAUAA